CUAUAUACGUGACGGUCUGCUUGUAAAGGGAGGUAAUUACAUCACGUACUUUGAUGAAUUUUAUUUAUGGACUAGGUUUGCUUAACGUUUGAAAUGAAAAUGGCGAAUACGGAAGUCAGGUGAAUCAUUCAUGAUGUAAAACCAAAAGAAUAGAAAAUGAAAGUUUUGGUGCUUGUAGUGCUGGGAUUGGCAAUCUUUGGAAAUUUCGUGCAUUGCCAAAUAAAUAGUAUUCCAGGCUCUGGUAAAACUAACUUUUAUCUGGACCGGUACUCUGACUGUGAUGGAAGACCAAGAGAGGUUGGUAAAUCAACUGUUUUCAUCAGUGGUCAAAGCACAGAGUUACAGGGUCAGCCUGUAACAUCAUGUAGUGUUACAUUAAACACAGAAAAUAUCAGAGAACCGUACAGAUUCAAACUGCAGGUCCUCAGUGUGCGAAUAGAUGAUCCAGGUGUCUACUUCUACAUAUACGAUGGUGAAUUCCAAGGAAAAUUGCUGAGAUCAUUCAGUAAACUUGAGGGAAAGCCACCAAGUCUAAAUUUCAUAUUUACGUCUGGACAGUUGGUGACAUUUCGGUUAACAAGAGGGGAGCUGGAGAGAAAUUUUGAUAUCAGGAUUGUAGUUACCCCUAUACCCUCGGGAACUGUUGAAUGUAACUACGAGAGUGAACACAACUGUGAUGAGUAUGGUUAUAACUAUCGUAUCCUCGGAACUAAAGAGAUCGCAGCGAUUAUAGCCGGAUGUUUCGCUGUAGUUAUUUUAAUCGUCAUAGUUGUUGUCUGCUGCUGCUAUAGGAAACAGCGUGGAAUCAGUCAGAAAUGGAAGGAGGAAAAAUUAGGUCACGUAAAUACUGCAGCUAGUGUUCAUAGUUUAAAUGGAAAAGUUCCACAUAAUAAUAGUUCAAAGCCAUGGACAUCGGAAAGUUCAAAACAUGGGUUUGCAAGCAUUCGUAGGUCACCAAAUCUUCCGAGAGCAAAGAUUGCAAGAUCUCAACGGACAAUGGGCAGUGAUCACUCGAUGUUCGAUAGUAAUGCAAGCUUGCCUGUUAAAAGACCUCUUCCACCACCUCAUGUAAAUUUGAACCCUCGUGGAACAUCAGAACGUAGUGGGAGAAGGUACAGAGAGAAGUAUGAUAGAUAUGAGGAAGAUGAUAGAUCGUCUGACCGAUCAUUUACUGACAGGUCGGCUAGUACAGCCACUAAAAACUUCAGUGAGAGGAACUAUGUUCCGCCUACAUACCGUGAAGCCAUGAGACAUAAUUCAGAGUCAUCUGCUGAUGAAACUACUUUUGUUGGAGCAGAUGAUUCACAACAACAGUCUGUUUUUGUUGAGCGUGUUUUAAGACCAAGUGCUCAUGCUAAUAAAAAGACCUCGCCUAAAGUAAUGAGAGCUCAGCGUGCUGUUCCUCCCCCUGAUGAAGAUGAGGAAUAUGAUACCAUAGAGCCUAAGAAAAAAUCAAAAGCUCUGUUGGUUGACCAAGGGGCGGGAUCUGAAGAGGAAACAGAUGAGUCUGACACUGACAAUGAAUCGGAGGAGGAGUCAUCAGAAGAGGAAACAGAAUCGGAGGCGGAGUCAGAAGCAAACGCAAAAUCUGACAAAACAGAUGCUGUUUAUUCUCAACCUAAUAAAUUGAAAAAUAAACAAGAGAAUGCACCUCCUGCACCGCAGCCUGUAGGCUUCAGGCCACCAGCUACAUCCCAGCCUCAGCAGUUUCAAGGUCAACCUUACCCAGGGUUUGCACCCCCAGGUAUACAUCAACCUCAGCCUCAAUAUGGUUAUCCUGGUCAACAGCAACAUUAUCCACAGGGUCAAGCACCAUAUCCUCAGGGCCAGCCUCAGUACCCACAAGGUCAACCCCAAUACCCACAAGGUCAACCCCAAUACCCACAAGGUCAACCCCAAUACCCUCAAGGUCGGUUGCCACCUGUCAAUCAUUCAAACCCAUCCCAGCCCAAUGCCUACCAUCAAGCUAAUUUUACUGUUCCUCUUCAACAGCCAGGAUCUCAACCGGCGGCUCAAAGCCAUCCUCAAUCCCAUACAAACAGAGAACGUGGUAACCCAAGCCAUAAAUCAAACAGAGAACCUAAAGGUCAAUUGAAUCCUAACGACCCCCCAGUAUAUUCAUACCUUGUAAAUAGAGGAUAUAGACCAGUAGAUGGUAGGUACUCGCCUGUCAGCACGUCAACAGGGGCAAGUAAUCUUUCUGGAGACAGAAAUCUGUUAAACGAGGACUCAGAUUUUUCAGCAAAUCUUGGCAGUGGUGUAGAACUCAUGAAGCGCAAAAAUUAAGAGGAAUUUUUUGUGUACCCCAAAAAUAUUGUAAUAUAUUCCCUUUUUCAUUUGUUUUGUUAUCAAUUGAUGAUUUAUAACACUAAACUUGAAAAGUUAAAUUAAACAAAGAUUGUUUGGCUUUUUUUCCUGUUUGAUAUAGGAAACUUGUUUCUCGGUACUAUUGUUUUUGGACACAUUUUCAUGUAAUCAAUAAAUGAAACAUCAAUAUGUUUUGUUAAAACCUUAGCCUGUAUUAUUGAUGAAAUAGUUCUCAUCAAAGGACAUACAUGUAUAUCUGAAUUUAAAAUUUGUUGAAAAAGAACAAACUUAUGCCUCUACAUGCUUCCUAAGAUUUUAAACAUAUUUUUGUUUGUAACUACAUAUACGUGUACAUGUUUUUGUAAUAUAGUUUUACCACUUCAUUUUAUUUAGAAAUGUAGCAUAAAUAUAAUAAAUAUGAACCAAAGGAAAAUUGUUUGUAUAAAUUUUCAUUAAAAGAUUUCUGAAAAUGAGGAACAUAAUAAUACAAGUGAGGGUGCCAUAAAAAGUAUGUGUAUCUAAAAUAUAUUUUUGUUUCAUUGCAGGCCAUUGGCUCACCACAAAGUUUAUAAAACAAUAAAUUAGUAAAUGAUUUAACAUGAAGAAUCUUAUUAUUCUAAAAAGUUUGAGAAAUUCACUUUAAUCUACAAAGAUAACUUGUAUGGUAAAAUAGAUAUAAUAGCCGUAAUAAGUUUAUUGAGAAAAUAGGGAUUCAUUUAUUGUCUGUAAAAUUAUAAAGUCUGCUUCUUAGAGAGACUGAAUAAUGUCUGUGCUUUUUGAUGCUCAGUUAACUUUUUUGUUAUCAUUUAAAAAUAGAUAUAAAAUCUGCUCAUCUGGCAUCAUAAAAUUUUAAGUCUUCAGUUUGAAUUCUUUAUUAUAGUGUACCUGUAACAGAUUGAAUAAGUAGCAAAUUUUGAGUUAUGUUUUUGGCACUUCUUUUUUUCUUUAUAUAUACACUAACUGUCUUCAUUACUAUUUGCAUUUAAUGGUAAUUGAUUUUUAACAUCUUUUAUUACUGUAUGUUUCAUUAAGAAUGUUAUAUUACUGUAUUUGUGUUUUUAUAGUAAACAGAACUUGUGUUAUGUUUGUUGUAUAAAUAGUGCUGAUUUAGCCUCUUCUAAUUAUUAAUUAUAAAUUUAAGUUUUAAAUAGCAUUGUAGACUUAUGGUUCAUUACAUGGAAACUCUUGGAAUACAUGUGAAUUUUAAGCUUACAAUCUCUUUGACCUGAACAAUUCAAUUUGUCAUUGAACCAGUUUUUAAUUAUGUUUGAACCAGUUUUUAAUUAUGUGAUUCAUGCCGCCUAAUAGAGAAGUUUAAAUGAACAAUUAUUUUUGCAAUCAAGGUUAGUGAUUAUCAAAAGAGUUUCAGGCGUUCAAAAACACAAAAACAAUCUGCACUGUUUUGCUUCAAUGAAACAAAAAUUUAUAAGUAUGACCAAUUAUUACAAGAAAUCAAGUGCAGUAAUUCUGUGUAGUCUUUAUUAUAGAUAGUUGAUAACCAUUUUAUGUGCCAUUUAUUGACUAGGCCUCUUGGAACUUGCAUAAUUUAAAAAAAAUAUGUUCUGUCUAUGUGUAUGUUGCUUGCCAUUCAAAAUACUGUUAAUGAUUUCACUUUCUUAAACCUUCACACCACUGAAUAUUCGUUUUUGCUCUGUCUACUGAUUUAAAGUUUAAGAAUUUUAUUGUCAAAAUUUCAAAAAGUUAAAAAUACAAUAUUGUAUAUUGGUCAGAUACAUGGGUUUACUGUGGUGUUGAUUAUCUUCAGAUAGCACAGGCUUGUGAUAGGGCUUUCAAUAAGAUUGUUGGCUUGGAACUGUCUAAUAUGCCACUGACUUUAAGUGCAACAGUAUAUAAAUAACAAAUUGGUUUGUGAGUAACAGUAACAGUAACAAUACCUAGAAAAAUACUGAUAGCCAAGACAUAAGCCAAGAGUAAAAGUAUUUUUAUGAGGGGUAAUAUUUUAGCUGUUACUCAAAAUCCAUUGUUAUUUAUUUUAUUACCCCUGCUUCAUUGGGACACUAUUUCUUUAGGUUUUUAUUUUUCAGCUUUUUACUGUGAAUUUUUUUUAGUCACAUGGUACACUUGAAUUAACAGUAAGAAUAACUCCCAUUGGCCUAUGGGAAAUUAACAUUACAAAAAUAGUGAGGGGUAAUAAAAGUAACUAUUGAAAGAUCUGCUUUCAUUAUCUUUAUAUAAAUUAUGAUUUUUAAUACAUAUAAUUUUAACUUUUUAACAAGUUCUCACUUUCAAUAAUUUUAAAAGUAACUUGAUUAAAAUGAUAACUAGAUCAAAUAAUAUGCUGUAAAAAAUAAUACAAAUGUUAUGUUAACUGUUGGAAUGUUUUAAAUUACAAUGUGCAAUGUAAUUGUGGGAAAAUCUUGAUUUUACAGUUUUCAUAAUUUUCAUUUGUUUAUUGAAGCAUGACAUCAUUUACACCGGUCCAUUACACCGGUAUACUUUUAAAUGGUUGUAUAUUUUGUACAUAUCAAUGAUUUAUUAACAUUCCUAUACAUUCUCAUAUCAAUUUUUUUUAAAGAAAAUAUAUUUAUGUUUACAUAAUAUACAUGCCAUCUUUGUUGAAGACUGUAUUUUAUCAGUUUUUUUUUACAUAUCUAUAAAUAAAAUAUUGAUUUCUAAUAAAACUAGAAGUAGA